AGAUUUCUACACCGGUUGUGCAGUGUAAAACGAAAGUGAAUAAAUUGAUAAAGUGUUAAGUGUGGAUGAACCAUCUCGGUGGGGAUAUUGUGUGUUUUCAAAACAAACAUAGCAGGUGACUGGCCCAACACCACUAGAACUACCGAUCUAUGGCCAAACAGUAAAUUUCUUAAACUUAAGUGAGUCUAACGAAUCCAAAAUGUUUCGAACAGACAAAUCGAAUAAAUUCGACUUAGGAGAAUUCAAGAGAAAACUGAAACGUCUUGCGGAUGGUAGCUUUUUAUCCUAUAGACGAAUCUUUCUGCUCUUAUUAGGAAUAUGUGUAUUUUUCUAUAUUUUGCCACCUGUGUUCCGGUAUUUAUUUAUGAGUACGCCGGAAGAAAAAGAUCCACACAUGCAGUGCAUGGACGAUCGCUUAACACCAUUUUUUCUGCAAAACUAUGAAUUUGAUGCGAAUAUACGACAUGUGCCACCGCAUCCAGAAGAACGUAAUUUCAUACCGUAUAUAGGUAAUGGUUACAUUGGUAUGGAAGUUGCACACGAUGCUUCCUUGAACAUAAAAUCGGGCCGUUCUAUGCAACUACCAAUGCAAUUUCAUCCGGUUGUAUCGGUAGCGCAGCGAAACGAAGCUGGACGAGAAGCAAUGGUAGUUGAAUAUUUGUCCGGUACAGUGCAUAGGUUUCAAUGUUUUUCUAAUUAUUUUGUCGCCUAUACUUAUUACGCUCACCGUACAAAUCCGAGUGUUUUAAUGCAAGAAAUUAAAAUCACCAACACACGAAAUACCAUUGAGGAAGUGGAGCUGAUUUUCCCACGUAUUUAUUUUCAAUCACCAACUUCGCACGUGAUCAAAUUGGGUUCAACAACUCAAUCCUCUGUGCUUAAAGAAUUCGAAGUGAGUACUGGAACGAUUUUAGUAAAUCCAGACGAUCCCAACAACGUGAUUGUAGUAAGCGUAGUCAAGCCGCAAAUCAGUCGAAUUGUACAACUGAAAAAGCGUGGCACUAUCAACAUAGUAUUUCCAAUUGCAGUGCAUUAUUCACAACCGAUUAAGCGUGAUAAGUUAACGGAGACAGUACAGGAUAUGGAAAAUAAAGCUAUACAAGCUAUGUCAAAAGUUUUGCAAAAAUUGCAAAACAAAUCGGAGCAACAGCCAAAUCCACACACAUUCCAUCAAGAACAUAUUAAUGUUUGGUCAGAUUUGUGGGCUACCGGCUUCAGUAUAAGUACAUCUAAAGCGGAGGGUAGUUUGAAUGGCGAUCGUAUCAACGCCUCCAUGUAUGCAGUUCUCUCGCAAACACGCAGUUACGAAUAUGAAGAGUACGCUUCUUUAAAGUCGCCUAGCAAACAAGAAAUAGCGAAAGCACUAACCUACGCUGAAGGUUGUUAUGAUUCAUAUUACACAUUACAGGCGGAGAAUCUCUGGUUGAACGCUGACACAUUAGAAAAACUCAAUAAUUUGGUGUCAUCGUGGAUGGUCACUUUGGAAAAGCAGGGUUGCCACAACCUAAUACGUGCCGGUGCUUCAGGUGUAAUACAAGCUAUGGUGCUCAGCUUUGGCAGUUUUCGUUUCAGCAACCAACAUUUGGAGUGUAACAUGCAUCCCAAGUAUCUGCAUCGUGACUUUCAUUUUCGUCGCUUAAAUUACGGCAAUAAAACUCACGUUAAUGUCACAAUCACCGUUACUGAAGAUAAUAAAGCGGUGAUUAAUGUGGCGCUUGAUCGUUCCGACCGCAGUUAUUAUGCCUGUGACGGUGGUUGCUUGGAUGAACCGGUAUUACUCACGCAAAGCCGUCGUCAAUUUCCAGUGAAAUUAACUGAACCAGUCACCGCAAUUCUGUAUAUUACUGAAGAUAAGCAACACAUGGAAGAGCUACACAAGGCUAUACAUGUUAAAGAAGUAGUGGAAGCGCCGGCGCACGAGCAGCACUUGCUCGCACUUCAUAGGCAUGGUCAUCAGUUAGGCGGUUUGCCUACACUCUUUUGGGUUUCAGUUUGUGCAAUAAUUAUAGUAUUUCAUGCGUUCCUAUGUAAAUUAAUUAUUAAAGAGUAUUGCGAACCGUCGGAAAAGCUGAGAUAUCGUUACAAUAAACCGUGACCAUAAAUAUGGUGUGUAAUUAUA